AUGUCGUCAGUCAAAGUGGAAAGCACAGUGAAGGUGGGCGCUGUGAUUGGUGAAGGGCCGGUGUGGGAGGAGUCCGAUCAGACGCUGCUGUUCGUUGACAUCGGUGGAAAGAAAAUCCACCGCUGGAGUCCGGCGACCAAUCAGAUCCAGUCUGUGGAAACAAGUCAGCCAAUCAUCAUGAAGGAAUCAUUCCAAACAUUUUUUUUGUUGCAGAUUCUUUAAAUUAUUAACCUGUCUGUCCAUCCUCAGGUGACAUGGUGGGCUUUGUGGUCCCUCGCAAGUCAGGUGGUUACGUGGCAGGAGUUGGUCGCAGCAUUGUUGCAGUUGAUUGGUCGACUCAGGCGAUGACACCAUUGCUGGAGUUGGACAGUGACAAGCCAAAUAACCGACUAAAUGACGGGAAGGUCGAUCCGAUUGGGCGGCUGGUAGCAGGUAGGUGAAGCCUACCUGUCCAUGUGAAGCAGUGUUGCUAUGGUGACAGCAGAUGUUGUAUUUUGUUUCAGGGACGAUGGGCAGAGAGGUGAGACCUGCAGAGCUAGAGAGGAAGCAAGGAUCUCUGUUCUCUGUAGACCCUGACCUGAAGUGGAAAAAACACCUGAGCCAGGUAUCCACUUGUGUGUGUGUGUGUGUGUGUCUACGUCCUUAAAGGGACAGAGUUAAAGGUAAUUGUCAAUAAAGAGUGCAUCACUCACUGGAGUUCCCCCUCAGCCUGGGCCCCUUGUUUAGAAAACAGUCAGUGACCUGGAACCAAAGCUUGGCUCUCGACUUCUGCAGAUGGACCCGACUGACCACAAAGUUCAGCUAAUUAUAAUAAAUGACAACCAGAACACUCUUCUGGGUGCGAGGACAAGCUCUCAUUGUGAACUGGAUUAUCAACAAAGGGGGCGAGCUGACCAGGAUCAGUUGUUGCUGAUCCACUUACAAAAGACAUUAACAUCAUAAAAUCCCACUUCAGAAAUCUGAACUGUCCCUGUGAUACAGGUCUCUCUCUCUCUCUCUCUCUCUCUCUCUCUCUCUCUCUCUCUCUCUCUCUCUCUCCCUCUCUCUCUCUCUCACAGGUGGACAUCUCUAAUGGAAUGGACUGGUCUUUGGAUCAGAGGACGUUUUUCUAUAUCGACAGUCUGGCUCUGAGUGUGGACGCCUUUGACUAUGACAUAACCACAGGACAGCUAGGUAAGAGUGUACUGGUACUACAUUAAAGGGAUAUUCCGGUGUAAAUAGUUGCACUGAUCCUGCAUUUCUGCUUAUAUAUGUGUACUGUUAGUUGUAUUGGGGCUGCUUGAUUGUAUUACUAAUUUUAGUCCUCAUUUAUUUAAUAAACACUAUAAUUUCAAGACUAAUUGUGUUUAUGUGUUGCCCAGGUAACCGUCGCGUCAUUUACCGUAUGGAGGAAGGGGAGGGACUUCCUGAUGGGAUGACACUUGAUGCUGAGGGUCGUUUGUGGGUCGCUUGUUACAACGGCGGACGAGUCAUCAAUAUUGACCCAGUUACUGGUUAGUAAUACUGGUUAUACUGGUUAUACUGGUUAGAUCAGGGGCUCCUCCACACUUCUUACUGGAGCUUAAAUCUUUGUAAAUGUUUCCAGGACAUUAACAUUUAGUUUUUUUUCUUGGUUUUUCAAACUUCUUCACUGUCCGCCAUCAGGCUGUUUUUGUUUAUAUAAUAAUCUUUUAUAUUUGUAUUUUAUUUUAUUGAGAUUAAAGGUUGUUGUAUGAUCUUAGGUGUGCGUCUGCGCACAGUCUCUCUGCCCGCCACGAAAACCACUUCCUGUUGCUUUGGAGGUCCAGACUUCUCUGACCUUUAUGUGACCUCAGCCAGUCUUGGCCUCAGCCAAUCAGAGAAGGAAUCUCAGGUGGAGGCGGGGAAUAUCUUCAAGGUGAGUCUCUUAACUUACUGUUUACAAUCUGCACAGCACACACACACACAUACACACAACUGACCAUCUCUUUUCUGUGUGUGUGUGUGUGUGUGUGUGUGUGUGUGUGUGUAUGUGUAUGUGUGUGACAGGUGACAGGACUCGGUGUCAAAGGUCGUCCAUCAUGGUUUUUCUCGGGAUGA